AUGAGCUGGUGGUGGACUAGAUCUCUUAAUUGUGGCGAGAAGAGAGAUGAACAAAAUGGAGCUGCAGGAAGCUCCCAGAGUGUAGGCCUGAUCGUCGGGGUAACCGGCAUCGUUGGCAGCAGUUUGGCUGAAAUCCUUCCGCUGCCAGGUACACCCGGUGGUCCAUGGAAGGUCUACGGCGUUGCCCGCCGCCCAUGCCCCUCCUGGUUAUCGAACCACCCAAUUGAAUACAUCCAAUGCGACGUCUCCGAUGCCGGAGACACCAUUGCCAAGCUCUCCCCACUUACUGACAUUACCCACAUCUUCUAUGUCUCCUGGAUUGGCUCCGAGGAUUGUCAAAUAAACGCAACGAUGCUCCAAAACAUCUUCAAUGCAGUAACCCCCAAUGCUCCAAAUCUCAAACACAUAUGCCUACAAACUGGGAUCAAACACUAUUUCGGACUAUUCGAAACCGAUACUAAGACCGAACCACAUGAUUCACCCUUCACUGAAGAUCUCCCAAGACUAAACCAACCAAAUUUCUACCACAAUCUUGAAGACAUUCUCUAUGAAGAGACUGCCAAGAAAGGCUUGACAUGGUCCGUUCACCGACCUGCUCUUGUUUUCGGGUUCUCUCCCUGUAGCCUGAUGAACAUACUUGGCACACUCUCAGUCUACGCCGUAAUAUGCAAGCACGAUAAUAAACCGUUGGUCUAUCCCGGCACCGAAGCUUCCUGGAACUGCUAUGCAGACGCCGUGGACGCAGAGCUGAUAGCCGAGCACCAGAUAUGGGCGGCGGUUGAUCCAAUGGCGAAGAACGGGGCGUUUAACUGCAACAAUGGGGAUGUUUUCAAGUGGAAACAUAUGUGGAAGGCUUUGGCGGAGAAAUUUGAGUUGGAAAUGGUGGGGUAUGAAGAGGGUAAAGAGCAGGUGAGCAUGGAAGAGAUGAUGAAGGACAAAGGACCAGUGUGGGAUGAGAUUGUGAGAGAGAACCAAUUGGUGCCAACCAAGUUGGAGGAGGUUGGAGCUUGGUGGUUUGCGGACAUUGCUUUUGCUUCUCAGAAUUUGUUGAGCAGCAUGAACAAGAACAAAGAGCAUGGGUUUGUGGGGUUCAGGAAUUCUAUUAAGUCCUUUACUUCUUGCAUUGACAAGAUGAAAGCUUAUAGGAUUAUUCCUUGA